UCUGUGAGGCUGUGUGGCGGUGGUAAAUGUCAGUUCCAGUGAAGAAAAUUUCAGUGAAAGAGAAAGAACUGCUGGAUCGAAAAACGCCAUGGAAGUCUGUUUAUGUCGUCUCUUUUCUGCUUCUACUAACAGGACUACAAAUGAGUAUUUACUUUACAUCUACAUGGCAAUAUCUUUCAGAAAACGAUGAAACUGCCACGGUUGACUUCUUCGGAGCCAUUCUUGCACUUCAAGCUCUAGCAUCAGCACUUACCAAUCCAUUAUUCGGUUAUUGGAAUCAAGUUUCUUCUUCAACAAGAAAACCAAUAUUCUGUGCUUGUGGAAUAUCUGCAAUUGGAAAUGUUUUGUACGCAUUUGCAUAUUUGGCGCCUCCAUUUGUUAAAUGGGUAAUGCUGUUUGCAAGAUUCAUGACUGGUUUCAGUCCUGGUGCUCUCGGAGUUCUCAGAAGUUUUAUCGGUACAGCAAGUACACAAGAAGAUCGGAUGAAAGCAGUUUCAAUUACGAAUGCAGGAUUCACAGCUGGGUUUUUCUUAGGACCUACCAUACAGAUUUGCUUCAUACCACUUGGCAAGGAUGGAUUCAUUUUUGGAUCAUUUGUGUUAAAUAUGUAUACAUCUGCAGCUGUCUUCAUGUCAAUUGCUAGCAUAUUCUCAAUUCUCUUAACCUAUUUUUAUCUGGAAGAAAACUACGUUGGAAUUAUAAGUAAAGAAGAUAAAACAUCAGAUCCAUAUUUUGUACUUCCGAAAUUUGAUCGUCUACCAGUACUUCUCUUAUUCUACAUGUGGUGGUUGAUGUGUGGAGUUGUAUGUGUUGAAAGUAUGGCUGCACCUGUUACAAUUGCAAUGUUUAAUUGGAGUCGUGAAGAUGCUGUUCUCUACAAUGGAAUUAUUCAAACCAUCUCAUGCAUUUUUACAUUUAUUGUCAACUUUAGUCUGGCGUCUACACGGCUUAAAACGAUUGACAACAGGUUGCUCUUACUUUGCGGUUUGAUAUUCUUCGAGGUAUUCUUCAUCUUUCACAUGCCAUUACCAUUCUACCCUGGCCCAUUGGAUCGUCCAGAUACAAUGAACUCAACCACAACAUUAAUUGGAAGAUGCGACUUUGACUGGUGUGAUGAUACUCCAAGAGUUCCACUUCCGUUAUAUUUAUUUAUUUCCUCCAUCGUCAUUGGACUCGGAUUUCCGUUAAUUUCAUCUACAUCAAGCUCACUUUUAAGUCAAAUCAUUGGCCCGAGAAAACAGGGUACUGUUCAAGGAUUUUUCGCGUUUACUGGCUCAUUUUCACAAUUUGUUGUAUCUUUGUUUUCGACGCGCCUAUUCGAGUUAAGUGGCUAUAAAUGGAUAAUGAUGUAUCAUUGGUGUAUAGUCACAGUUGCUGUAUUUUCUGUAAUUCUUCUUUGGCGCCGUCUUGUACCAUUAAAAAUAACACCAACGAAUGGAGAAGCAACUCGUUACAAACUGGGAACAUUCUACAGAAUGUAGAAAUAUUUUCAAACCAAUAAUUGUAUUUAAGUUGUUUAUUUGUUGAAAUAAAUACAUUAUUGAUUAGU